AGGUGGAGGGAGAUAACAGAUCGGAUGGAGGAAGGGAGAGGUGCUGAGAGUGUGAAUUCAGCACACUACAGCUCACCUCCACUACAAAGACUUCCCAGGGAGUCUUUGACUCGGGAAUAUCUCUUGCAGUGUCUCUUUUGUGUAUGAAUGAACCGGUUCGUCUUCUCUUGAACUUUAGAGAAUGGUGGGACUCUCAUCCACUGCUGUUGAGGCGAUGGAGGUGUUGGUGAGCGAGCUGGGCGUGCUGCUAAAGAUGCUGGACCAGGAGAACCUGAGCUCGUCCACUCAGGAGAAGAAGGCCUCCGUGGGGAACCUGCUGCAGCAGAUACAGCCAUCAGUAUCAAGACCAGACUACAUCUACAUGAACUCAUCAGUGUACAGAAAUGGCACCAGCUUUGUGGAGUCUCUCUUUGAGACAUUUGAUUGUGAGCUCGGAGACCUAAAGGACGUUACAGACGAUCUGAAAGAAGACAAGAACACAGAAACCAACACUUCAAAACAGCAGAGCCGUGCAGACUCCCCAGCCCCACACUCGGCCGACUCUCCUCCCCCACUGCCCACAACGCCUCCUCCUGAGGACUACUACGAGGAGGCUGUGCCCCUCAGCCCUGGAAAGAUGCCUGAGUACAUAAUUACACGAGUCAGAGCCAGCCCUCCCAACUCCAUAGAAGAUGGUUAUGAAGAUGCCGAAAAUCACUAUCCCACUACCUGCAUAAACUCACAUCGCAAAAACUCCUACAAUGAUUCCGACGCCCUGAGCAGUUCCUAUGAAUCGUACGAGGAGGAUGAGGAAGACAGGAGCCCCGGGGCGAGGCUCACUCAUCAGUGGCCCUCAGAUGAGAGCUCCAUGCCUCCUGCCAGAGAUUGUCGCAUCUGUGCGUUCCUGCUGCGUAAGAAACGCUUCGGCCAGUGGGCCAAACAGCUCACCGUCAUACGGGAGAACAGACUGCAGUGCUAUAAGAGUUCUAAGGACACAUGCCCCUAUGUGGACCUUCUGCUGCCCCAGUGCACUGUGGUCUACGCUCCCAAAGAUAGCAAGAGAAAGCACCACGAGCUUCGCUUCACCUUACCCAACGGAGACACACUGGUGCUAGCAGUGCAAAGCAAGGAGCAGGCUCACAGAUGGCUUAAGGUUGUCAGAGAGGUGAGCGGUCAGAGCGCUGGGCCCGAGGAACCUGCAUCUCCCGUCAUUCCGAGAAAACAGGAACUUGACAAGAGGUUAUCUGCAGAGCGGAACACAUCAGAUUCAGACAGUGUGGGUGUGUCUGCUGGAGAUAACUGCAGAGAGAAUGGUAAGGUGAAGCGGGGCGCUUUGGCUGCAGGCCGCAAGAUCACACGCAUCAUCAGCUUCUCCAAGAAGAAACCCCCUCGGCCAGGUGAUACCCGGGCGAACCACAGCAACCCCCGACAAGGCCACCUGUCAGUCCUGGUGAACCAGGUGUGGCGGGAACAGUGGUGUUGUGUGUGCCGAGGCUCCCUGCACUUCUACCAUGACAAAGGAGACCCUCGGACCGCCCUCCCUUCCCUUCCCCUCCUCGGCUGUGAGGUGGUUCCGGGGCUUGGACCCAAACACCCCUUCGCCUUCCGCAUCCUACGGAACAGCACGGAGGUGGCUGCUUUAGAGGCGAGCAGCUCUGACGAACUUGGACGAUGGCUCGGUGUCCUCUUGGCAGAAACAGGCUCGGCAACAGACCCAGAGUCUCUGCAUUACGACUACGUGGACGUGGACACCAUCGCCAACAUUCGCGACGCUGCGCGGCAUUCCUUCCUGUGGGCCACCUCAUCCAGCAGCACCUCCACGGAUUCCCGAACAUACGAUGAGGUCCCUAAUGAGAACAUGCAGUCAGGGGAGAACCGCAGGCAGCAGUCUGGGAACCAAGGGAAGCGACGCUCAAGUUUCUCAAGCAGCGACUCUGACAGAACCAAGCCGCUGGUCUCUCUAAAGCGAACGGGCUCAAAUGCCAACCAGUACGGAAGGUAUGGGAAAACGCGAGCAGAGGAAGAUGCCAAGCGUUACCUCAAAGAAAAAGAGGAGCUGGAGAGAGAAAAGGUUGGAAUAAGAGAUGCACUAGUGACCCUGCGACAGGAGAAGAGAGAGCUGAAGGAAGAGCUGAAGACUGCCUCUGAUAAGAGGAAGCCCUUCCUGAACAAGCGUAUCUCCCAGCUAGAGGAAACCUGUCGAGCUAAAGAGGCAGAAAGGGUGGACCUGGAGCUGCGACUGACUCAGGUCAAAGAAAACCUCAAGAAGAGCAUGGCAGGUGGAGCGCUGGGAGCCCCGGUGGAGGGUAAACCUCCUGCUAAGGCAUGCAGCAAAAAGAUCCAGAAUAUCUACAGCGAGACUCUACCAGUAAACUGUGCCGCAGAGAUGCGUAAGAGACCACCAUCUGUUUACGCGCCUUCUAUCGGAACUGUCAUGCAGAAAGCGAAGGAAUGGGAGUCAAAGAAAGGAACCUAAGAGGAGUUUGAUGUAAAUGACUGGAGACUAAAUGGAAAUCAGGAUGGGACGAUUUCCACCUUCACUCCCUCUAAGGAUAAUCUCCCUAAAAACCAUGACUUCAUUUUGGCUUACCGAGGGAAUGCAUCAACUGUAAUUAAAUGAAUCUGCCACUAGGUGGAGGUACAUCAUAUUGAAUAUAUUUACUCCCUUAAAGGACAACUCGGAUUAGAGGGUCUUAAGUGACUGUUAAAAAUAUGGGAAUCAAAAUAAAAAAUAAGAAAGAAAGAAGGCAGGGUUUAUGAAAGAAAGGCAUGAGUGAAGUGUACCGAAAGCACAGUGAGUGCAUCAUGUUGGAAAGCAGAGAUUGUGUUGGCACCAGAGAUGCGCCACGCUGGCAAAGACAACUUAAGUAAUGUGAUGUGUUGAAAUUUAGAGGAUAAGAGGCCGUUUAAAUCAUAAUGUGCCUUUUUUUUAUAUGUCAAACUGUACAUAAUGAGCCAUGACUACUGUUUUGUAUGGAGUUACUAUCUUUAUUCUGUUGCUAUAAUGUUUCAUUUCUUGCAAGGCAUAAGAUAAGAGAAAGAUAUCCGUUGACUUUGUACAAAGUAUCAAAAGGAAAUCUGUUUUGCUGGGUACUUGAGAGAUGGGUUGUUCCAGGUAUUUUGGAGACAUGGAAUCUAUUCUUUGGCAAAUGUCUCAGUUGCAUCUUCCUGUUCAUGUUAUACCAAACAGACUCCAUGGCUCUUGUUUUACUGUGUUUGAGACAGAUCCGAUGCCUCAUGGUACUGGGUGAUGAGCAACAAUCUAAAUAUUUCAGAUGCUUUAAACUUUCAUGCAUCACUCUACCUGACAUGGGUUAUUCACCUGGAUGCAACAGAGGAUACCGACUUAUCUUUUAUGACUGCACUUGUUUGCUUCUCUUCUCAGACUGAAGCUCUGCUACUACACUGAUCAGACCAAAAUCCUACAUCCACUUGACCUUUAUCUAAUACAGUUGAACACUUCUGUUAUUGAUAAGUGAAUUACUAACAAAGUGGUGCUAUUCACUGAUGCAAAUCAAAUUUUGAGGAGAAAUUGAUUUUAACACCUUUUCUGCUGAACCUGUGGUCUAUAUUUGCACUUUACUGUCCUCCUACCUGGAUAAGGGAAUAAUAAAUUUGUCUUGUUUCCAAACA